AUGUCGACAAUAUCUACUCAGCUGCGCAACUUCAAGGAACCUACUAAGGAUCAGUUGACUCAUGUUUUCUUCUCAAUACCGGAGGUGCCUCCUGUGCCUCCCAAGGACACGGAGAAACGUGGUUCUGGAGAUAUAGAGAAUAUGGAGAUCAACGCCAUUCUCAGCUUUGGUGCACAAGAAGUGGAGGACUCGUAUGCAGGAAAGCUACACUUGCUUCCACCAUAUCUCGCAUUUUCCUCCCUGGAUCGCAAGUCAGUCAAGUUUACAUUGCCCCUCUCCACAGUACGACGCGUCGAACGUCUUAAUGCGCGUGCUGGAGUUUACGCCUUGAGUCUUUCCACUUGGCACGGCAUGAAGAUAAUUGUGCAGUUAACUUCCCUUCGACCCACCGCCGACCUAUUUUGCAGUCUCUUGCGGGAAGCACUCAAAGCGGAGCUGCAGCGUGGUCAGAUGAAAGCUGUGAAAGGCUUUGUGAAAACUUGCUACUCUGAGGGGCUUGUAUCGCUAUCGGGCAUCUCAGACAACGAGCGGGAGGACGGAAGUCUUAUCACAGAGACAAAAGAAGGAUGUCCGCCUCCAGAAACAGAAUUUCAUGGUGGUUUAGGGUUGCAAUUUAAGUUCCCUGGUGACCCAAAAAAGUUACGCGAGGCUUCAAAAAUCAAGCUAUGGACGACGUAUUUAAAGAAUCACGGCCGCAAUCUUACAUUACUAAGAUACCCACAGUGUACUCGAUUGGUUCAGGUCGGCCUCCCUAAUCGUCUUCGUGGUGAGAUGUGGGAGACUUUGUCUGGAUCUAUAUAUCUUCGUUUCUCCAAUCCUGGAUUGUACGAUCAAUUACUGUUGGACAUUCGGGGGACGAACAGCACAAGUUUUGAGGAUAUUGAGAAGGAUUUGCAUAGGAGUCUUCCGGAAUAUGCAGGCUACCAAGCUGACGAGGGCAUCAGCGCUCUCCGUAGAGUACUACAAGCCUACUCGCACAGGAACCCAGAAGUCGGCUAUUGUCAAGCGAUGAAUAUAUUGGCAGCUGCGAUUCUAAUCUACAUGUCAGAAGAGCAAGCAUUCUGGCUUCUCGAAGUUCUGUGCGAUAGACUUCUGCCUGGCUACUACAGCCCAACUAUGCAUGGAACACUCCUGGAUCAACGAGUUUUUGAAUCUCUUGUGACACGGUGCUUGCCAAUGAUAAGCGAUCACUUUCAGGCGGUUGAUGUACAGCUCUCGGUCGCUUCUUUGCCAUGGUUCUUGAGUUUGUACAUCAAUAGUAUGCCUAUGGUUUUUGCCUUUCGCAUUGCAGACUGCUUCUUCUGCAUGGGUCCGAAAGUGCUCUUCCAAGUAGGAAAAGCCAUUCUCAAGAUUAAUGGUGAAAAGCUAUUGCAAAUACAAGACGAUGGAGGCUUCUUAAACUUGAUGCGCGAAUACUUCGCCUCGCUUGGUGACUCUGCGCAUCCAGAGUCUGCAGACCCUCGAACAAGGGCGAUCACACGCUUCCAAGAACUACUUCUUAUCUCGUUCCGAGAGUUCGCUGUGAUUUCUGAUGAGACGAUUCUCUCCGAACGUAGAAAGUAUAGAAACGAAAUCGUCAACAGUAUCGAAUCCUUCUCUAAGCGCUCGGCGGUGAGAAACCUGAAGACACUCGCAAGAUUCACGAAAGAGCAAGCUGGGUUCAUAUACGAUGCUUUGUACAAAGCCAUGUGUGAAGUUCCACCACCACCGGCUGCUGCUCCACCGCCAUCGCUCUUGACCACGGCUGAUGGAAACCAAGAGAAAGCAGAGACUAGGAUUGGUAUACCGACUUUCCACGUUUUCCUCAGUGAAAUUUUGACCUGGGCACGGAGCGAGAAGAUUGUAAUCAAUGGUUUCCAGCAACGCAUUGACCGCGAGGUUGCAGAACAUGAGCUCAUCGACCGUCUCUUUUAUUUUUGGGACACCUCGUGCAAAGGCUCUUUGUCGUUCCAGGAUCUCGUAUCUGGUCUAGAUGGUGUAAUGUUCAAUGAUUUGAUGGAGAACAUCGAAUGGUUCUUUAAUCUGCACGACAAGAAUAAAGAUGGGUAUUUAACCAAGGAUGAAGUCCUGACCCUCUCCGAGUCAUUUCUUUUCAUUUUCCGUCAUGAGAUCGGCGAUGCCUACCUAGGAGCUGUCAGCAAAUUUAUGACCAACGCCUUCGAGUAUGGAGAUAGUCUUCUGCCACAGCACACCGAUAGCAAGACCGGAGCAGCAGAACCUCGAGAGAUCGGGCACAACCAGCCAUACCUCAACCUUGCUACGUUCCGGAUGGUCGUUCUAGCUGACGAGGUCUUGGAGUCGUUCUUCGAGACUGAUCUUUCCGCCUCGUUCAGGCUGGAGCCCGUUCCUGACCUUGAGUUACCUCCGGCAUCAAGUGGCUUCUUGGGCGAUCUGUGGUCUAACAUCGCUACCCAGGACAACAGGAAGAUGUUCAACAGAUUGAGUGACGAGCUUGGCAAGACCAUAGGCAAGCAUCAGGUUAUCUAUCGUCCUACAAUCGGACGAUUCACAAAACUUGAAGAACCGACAGCCCGGGAGUCGCUCAUUUCUCCACAGACAAAGACCACCUCCUCGGGAAGUUCUUUGGAUACUGUGGUAGUAUCGAGCUCACCUUCAACUCUCGAUACGUCAUCCAUCCACGACGGUGGUCCGUUGUCUGGCUCGGUGUUUUCUCCGAUGCCCCAUCUCAAAGCGGUCAACGCGGCAUUCAUGGAGCGCACGCCGUUUGCUAUCGACGAUGCAGGCGACGAUGACGAUGAUAGUGAUUUAGACAUGGUUCAUGGCGAAGAUGAUGAUCGAGUUCUGGACGAGGUGGAUGCCUUUUUGGAAGCCCAUGAUUCAGGACUUACUGAAGCAGACAAGGAGAUGGCAAAGGAUCUUCUUAAUGCUGAACCUGUCAAGUAA